AGGCGGAGGGGCGCGGGGGAAAGGCACCGAGAGCGCGGGGGGCCGCCGUCCCGGUGAUGAGCGGCUGAGGCGGAGCCGCGCGGCGACAGGUGGCGGCGGCUGCGGGACGUCCGUGCGGCUGCACGGCCCGGCGCGGGUGGCGGGGCCGUGCCCUCCCUCUCACCGCGCUCCCCUCGCCGCUGCCCGCGAGCGGUCGGUGAUGGCGGAGCGGCUGCCGCCGGGAGCCCCCUCGGUGAUUUUUUGCCAGGACUCGCCGAAGCGCGUCCUGGUCUCCGUUAUCAAAACCACCCCGAUCAAACCCUCCCCGGCGUGGGGCGGGGGCGAGGAGCCGAUGCCCGUCCCUCCGGUCCCCACCAGCCCCGGCUUCAGCGACUUCAUGGUCUACCCGUGGCGCUGGGGCGAGAACGCGCACAACGUGACCCUCAGCCCCGGCGGCGGCGACAGCACCGCCGGCCCCUCGGCGCUGCCGCCGCCCCGCGGGGCCGCGGGCAGAGCCCCCGCCGGGGACGAGGAGCCGGCGGAGAGCGGCGGCCGCCACCGGCACCGCAAGGAUGGGAUCAAACGUGGCCGGCCGAGAGCAGACACCGUCCGAGACCUGAUCAGUGAAGGAGAGCACUCCUCCAGCAGGAUACGCUGCAAUAUCUGCAACAGGGUCUUCCCACGAGGGAAGUCACUGCAGGCCCACAAGCGCACUCACACGGGUGAAAGGCCCUAUUUAUGUGACUACCCAGAUUGUGGGAAAGCCUUUGUACAGAGUGGGCAGCUCAAAACUCACCAGCGUCUCCACACAGGAGAGAAACCAUUUGUCUGCUCAGAAAAUGGCUGUUUGAGCAGAUUCACACAUGCAAACCGUCACUGCCCAAAACAUCCCUAUGCCCGGCUGAAGAGGGAGGAGCUCACAGACAGGCUGACCAAGAAGCAGACGGCUGACAAUAAAGCUGUGGCUGAGUGGCUAGCAAAAUACUGGGAGACCAGAGAACAGCGUGCUCUUGCUUUGAAGACCAAAGCAAUGCAGAAAACGGACCAGGAGCAGCAGGACCCGAUGGAGUAUCUCCAGUCUGACGAGGAGGACGAUGAAGAGAAGAGCAGCUCUCACUCAGCCGCCUGCCUGCGCCGGCUGCAGGAGCAGCGCGAGCGCAUGCACGGGGCACUGGCUCUCAUCGAGCUGGCAAACUUAGCCGUGGCACCCCUGAGACAGUAGAUGGGAGCAGUCUCUGCCUACACAAAACAUU